GGCGUGACACCGGAAGUGACGUGUUGAUCCCAGAGAAGUAUCCUGACAAACUUUCACUUCUUCAGCCAUGCUCCGGAGGACCGAGAGGACCACACCGACGAACAUCCACAACAACCGUCUGAAUCCGACAGCAGCGUCCGCCUGGUGAGAGAGGAUGGACGGCGUCAGCUGGAGCACCACGCGGCCCCCGGAGUCGUUCAGCCGCUCCAAGACGACCACGGACACUCUGACAAGGCUCGCCAGCUUCAUCGCCCGGGCGGACGCCAAACAACAGCGGGCCCAGCGCCCUCAGACGACCCCGUCGUCCUCCUACGUCUGUCAGGAGUGCGACCAGGGCUUCGCUCGCUCAGCCGACCUGCUUCACCAUCAAGAGGUGACGCACACGCUGCCCAAACCUCACCGCUGCAACUCCUGUGGGCGGGGCUUCUCACUGCGCUCGUCUCUGCAGCUGCACAGGUGCGACCAUGGCGCCUCCGCCUGUGUGCUCUGUCACGGAGCCUCGCCGCUCAGCUCUCCGUGUCUGGCGUGCAUGUCUCGGAGUUCUGACCCAAUCAGACUGCAGAAUAAGUCGCCCCACCUCCAGCCCUGCCUACUAGACAACACCCCUUAUGCAUGUGCGCCAUGUGGGCGGGGCUUUAGCCAGAAACAGGCUCUACUGCACCACCAGCAGGCCGGCUGCAGUGAGCCGCCAUCACCAUCACGAAUCGUCGACGUCAGCAGCCUCCCUGAUGAUUCGCCGCCUGUUUCAGAGGCUGGCUCCGCCCACUCUGACUCUGCCCGCUCUGACUCCUCAGUGGGGCAGAGCUUGGCGCCCAGCAAGUGUGACGUCUGCUCCAGAAGCUUCCGCACAGAGACUGGACUUCACCGCCACAGAGAGACGAACCAUGGCGAGGAGCGUCUGAGCGCUGCACAGGGACCGCCGACCAAAGAUGGAGGAGGAGGUGGAGGAAAUCUCCGUCUGAAUGGCGCUCCAGUGAAAAAGUCCCACGCCAAACAUAAGCUCCUGAGCUGUCGGUCAUGUGACCUGGUGUUCAGGAGCACGUCGAAGCUCUACCUGCACAGGAAGGAGAAACACAGCAGGGAGAAGAUCGUCAGGAAGGAGCCCAGGCCCAUGGGCAUCAGACGGAGGAGAGCCGGAGCAUACCCGUGCCAGGUCUGUGGGAAAGUCUUCCUCCAUCACCUCUCACUGAGAGCGCAUUACAGACACCACUCAGAGCUGAGCUACACCGCCGCCAGAGACCGACACCACUCAGAGCUUAGCUACACCGCCGCCAGAGACCGACACCACUCAGAGCUUAGCUACACCGCCGCCAGAGACCGACACCACUCAGAGCUUAGCUACACCGCCGCCAGAGACCGACACCACUCAGAACUGAGCUACACCGCCGCCAGAGACCGACACCACUCAGAGCUGAGCUACACCACUGCCAGAGACCGACACCACUCAGAGCUGAGCUACAUCGCCGCCAGAGACCGACACCACUCAGAGCUGAGCUACACCGCUGCCAGAGACACACAGGUGCCUGACGGGGGCGCCAGAGACUCUGAAGUACCAGAGAACAGACCAGACGCUGUCAGACCGACCUCAGAGGGUAGCAAGACCAUCGGAACUGGACCAGGGAGGCCCAGGAAGCUGAAUUCAGGAUGGGGACGUGAGGUUCCUUCAGGGACUCAGAGAGAAGUGCCUGAGGAGGAGGAGGAGGAGGAGGAGGAGUUAGAAGAGGAGGAGGAAGAGGGGAUGCUAGAAGAGGAAGAAGAAGAGGAGGAGGAGGAGGAGGAGGAGGAGGAGGAGGAGUUCCCAUGCCCGUCCUGUCCGGAGGUGUUCUCCGUUCAGUCUCAGCUCAGGGAUCACGUGGAGCUGCAUCAGUCGUCGGUGAGGUGGCGGCGCUGCAGCGUCUGCACCAACGCCAUGGACACGAGGAAGAGGCCGCGCUCUAAGAGACAGAGACUGUACCACUGCGUACCGUGUCAGCAGGGCUUCUCUAGGCUGGACUCCUUCCUCCAGCACUGUCAGGAGCACCUGAGGGCCCGGGUGGAGGAGGACUGCAUCAGGGAGGGAUACGGCCCCCCGGCCAGCAAAGCAUGAUGGGCCGUCUGAAUGUGGAACAGUCAAAUACCUUUAUGCCUUGAAGAGGUGGAGGGGAGGGUUCCUGUAGUCAUGGGUUCAUUCAUCGAGCAUCCACAGCGUCUCGUCUCUGCCUGGUCGGUUUGGCGUUUCCGUGUUAGAAUGGCCUCGAACCAGAAUUUAAGCCAGAGUUAAUCCAGAUUAGGCCAGUGGAGUGUAGGGCCAGAGGAUUUUUAAUUUCAGAUUAGAAAUCCCAAAUCAACAAACAAGCUGUUUCUCAAUUACCAGGCAAGAACAGGAGAACAAAACAUACAAGAAAAACCGUUACCUCUGGCCCUUUAAGGGAGUUCAGACGGAAUAGAGAAUCAGAAUAUCUUUAAAAAAGUUUUAUUUUAAGUUCCCCUUUUUAGUUUUCCACAAAGAAAUGAAAAAGAAAGAUCAAAGAGCGGAACACUGGUGAUGUAACAUUCUGGAAUGUUAGAAUGUUACAUCUAGAAAUAAAAGAAUGUUAUUGCACCAGUGUAACAUUCCGUCAUCCUUUGAUCUUCGUUGAGUUAAUCCAAACAAAAAGAAAAAAUCUUUUUUAUCUUGUCGUCUUUGUUUGGAUAAAAAAUGAAGAUCAAAGAGCGGAACGCUGGUGAUGUAACAUUCUGGAAUGUUAGAAUGUUACAUCUAGAAAUAAAAGAAUGUUAUUGCACCAGUGUAACAUUCCGUCAUCCUUUGAUCUUCGUUGAGUUAAUCCAAACAAAAAGAAAAAAUCUUUUUUAUCUUGUCGUCUUUGUUUGGAUAAAAAAUGAAGAUCAAAGAGCGGAACGCUGGUGAUGUAACAUUCUGGAAUGUUAGAAUGUUACAUCUAG